UUCCGGGUCUCCGCGGCUUUGGAAAGUUUGGGCGCGAGUUUCUCUGAGCGCGGCACCUGGAAGGAUUCAAGAGGCGUCUUUGACAUUUUGAAGCACUGUUAUAGUUGUUCUGUUUACAUCAAGAUGUCUAGCAAAGCAAAUCCUUCUAAGAAAAGGUCUCAACAUUUAAAAAGAAAUCCAAAAAGAAAAAUUGAUAAUGAAGAAGCGGAGUUAUCAGAGAAAGAGGUUAGAAACACAAUGAAAAAAAAUAAAAGUCAUCCAAAACAUCUGUCUUCUGAAGGACAAGCAAAGCAUACUAAUCUAAAACAGGUAAAGAUCGCAACCCACAAGAGAAAAACCUGGCAACCUCUUUCGAAGAGUAGCAGAGAACAUUUGCAAACUAUGAUGGAAUCAGUAAUAAUAGCAAUUUUGAGUAACAGUAGAGAAAAUGAAAAAAUUCAAUAUCAUCUGAACUUCCUAAAGAAAAGAUUGCUGCAACUGUGUGAAACCCUGAAAGUCCCUCCCAAAAAGCAAGAUUUAACUCAUGUGUCAAGUCUACUGAAAAUGGAAAGGGCACAGCACAGAGCUAAUGAAGAGGGUCUGGCAUUAUUGCAGGAAGAAACAGAUAAAAUAGUGGAGACCAUAGAGUCAAUGACUGGGGAUAUUCAAAGCCUAAAGAACAAAGUUCAUGUUCUGAGAAGUGAGGUAGAAGAAGAGGAAAGGAAGGUAAAACAGACGUUUCAAAUAGAUAGUGAGGUACUCUGUCUUCCCGAACUUUCUCAGAAGAGUCUUAAGGCACCCAUCCUUCAGAAAGAAAUUUUGAUGCUAAUUCCAAACCAGAACGCUCUUCUGAAGGACUUAGAUGUUCUCCAUAAUUCACCCCAGAUGAAGGACAUGUUAACUUUCAUUGAAGAAGUCUAUAAAAGACUGGAUGCCUCUUAAAGAGUUUAUUGUUUUGUUUUGUUUGUAGAUUGUUCCGUAUGAAUUAAAUGUUUAUGAAUUUGUAAAAAUGUUAUUCUACGUGAUAUUGCCGGGGCUGAGGCUUCUUCAGGAUUCUCCUAAUAUGCACUUUAAAAUUAACCUCUAUAAAUCUACCGUUAGCCUCUAUACAUCUAACGUAGGCCUUGAAAACUGUUUCUAUCAAUUCCCACGUCUAGGAACUCACAUUUAUGUUGCUGUAUUUCCAGUUAUUUGCCUAAAACCGUAAAAUGAGAACAGCCACAAUCUGAUGGCUUAUAAUAUAGCUGAAUAGAGUUCAUUUAUUGGUUAGUGCAGAGGAAAUAUGAUACUGUGACUUAACAUAUGUGAAGUGUUUAUAGUGCCUAGCACAUAAACAUGUAAGUGUUUGGUAUCAAUACUGUUUUUUAGCUGACGACUUGCAUUUCCUGUCUGGUCUUGUGGAACUCUAGAAGUCCCCAAAUGCCUUUGCUCUUUCACAUAACUCCCUAGACUUUUUGUGGCAUAAUUAAGAUUUGCCAGGUGUCUUUAACUUUAGAGGUAACAUGAACAUUUUAUUUCUUAGGUUAGGUUAGUGAAUAGAUGUUGAAUAUUUAUUUUCUGCUCUCAUCAGAGCAUACCUUUAUUUCGUAAAAUUGUUAAAAACGAACCCAAGUUCAUUUAUUCUCUUAAAAUAAACACCAAACCAAAAAAAAAAAACCCUUCUUUCUAAAUCUUUUCUCAUUGCGAUACUAAGUAUAUACAUGUGAAGAAAUUAUCACUUAAAUAUAUUAAAAAUCAUUUUUAACCAACCACAGUAUAUGGCUGGGUUGCUUUUAUCUGUUUAUAAAAUAAAAUAACAUAACUGUAAUUUAAUUACUUUUCCUUCUAACCUAGAACGUUUUGUCAGUUAAUUUAGAGGGUGCUAUAAUUCUUUUAAUGCCCUCCAGGCUGAGACCAACAGGAAGACAGCUUCAGUUAAAUAAGUUGGGUUUAGUGCUCACUGCAGUGGGGAAGACCACACGUCAUGGGGAGCCCUGGGCAGCUCAGCAAAAGGGUCAAAAAAAAGGUCUUAGGAAAUAAUGGUCCAAAAGGACAUUAAUGGAUCUUAAGGGAAAGAAAGUCUUCGAGAAAAGAAACCUAUGGUGCAACAUUUAAAGAGAACAUUACAGUAUAUACUUUGGACUGUCUGCUACAUGCCAGGCAAAGCAACUAAAGGAAAAAGAUUUCACAGAAUGUCUUAAAACUUAAAAACCCUUGUGUUUUUAGAGUGGCAAGUAGAGCCCCAAAUCACGUUUAUCAUUAACCAUGACGUUUAUAAUAGCUUUUGGUGGGGAUGAAGGAGUUACAUUAUAUCUGCUGUUUCUCUCAGAACAUCUGUUUAACAGAUGACUGAAAGUCAACAGGAAUUUCGACUUACCACUGUUGCUGAGGGGUAGUUCUCUACCACGCAUAAACUGGCCAUACUACCCUCUUGUAGCUUUGAAAAUGAUGAUCUAAUUUUGAGAGACGUACAGUAUCUUCUGGCAGGUAGCAGGCAACAUACACAAUAUUUUCUUCAAAGGUUGAAUUGUGGUAUGCUCUUUGUGAAGAAUUCAAGAGUUAAUUACAGACCCAAAUAAAAUUGAAAUUCAACUGCACAAGGUCCCAGUAAUUCAGAUGGUCAUCUUAUGUUGUAUCCUCAUCUGUCUAAAUUCUCACAUACACAGGCCAUGCCAACUAUCAUACACCUUCUCU